UCCCGCUUUAUUAUGACAAGAUGUAAAAAAUCACGUGAUAGCCGAGGAAAGUCGAUGAUAGUCGAAUGAAGUUUGUCGGUAAGUAGCCGAGGUUAUAAAUACUUGAUGUUAAGUGGCGGGGAGUCUCUUUUCGAUCUAAAACGUUGGCAUAGUGAAUUCAUUGGUGCGAGUGUCGUCGGUGGGUCAAGUAGUGUCUCGUUUGACGGCGAAUUCGAAGUUUUCAGCAAAUAAACGUACAAUUAAGUGCUUAAAUAUUUUCACAACGUGUUUAGCUGAAUCAAAUUAUAAAAAUCAUCAGAUUUUAUCAGUGUCCAUAAAAAAUUGUGUCAGUCAUCAACAAUUAAUAUUAACUUAUACAAAUCGACUCAUAUUACUGGCUAGAAAAGGAAAAGGUCUCACUAAAAUGCCGGAAACUACACCAUCACAUCAUAUUAAUGGAUACGCAAAUGGACAUGCUCCUCCAGAACUUCAACAAGAUGGGACUUUUCUCUUUACUUCAGAAUCUGUUGGUGAAGGACAUCCUGAUAAAAUGUGUGAUCAAAUCAGUGAUGCUAUUCUUGAUGCACAUUUAGAACAAGAUCCGGAUGCCAAAGUAGCCUGUGAGACUGUUACCAAAACUGGAAUGAUUUUAUUGUGCGGGGAAAUCACAUCUAAAGCAGUUGUUGACUAUCAAAAAAUUGUAAGAGACACUGUAAAUCACAUUGGUUACGAUGAUUCUUCGAAAGGUUUUGACUAUAAAACUUGCAACGUCUUAUUGGCAAUUGAUGCACAAUCGCCAGAUAUUGCUGCGGGAGUUCAUGUAAAUCGUAGCGAUGAGGAAGUUGGUGCAGGAGAUCAGGGAUUGAUGUUUGGCUAUGCAACUGAUGAAACUGACGAAUGUAUGCCAUUGACUGUCGUUUUAGCGCACAAAUUGAAUCAAAAAAUUGCGGAACUGCGACGAAGUGGUGAAUUAUGGUGGGCACGUCCUGAUUCAAAGACACAAGUGACUUGUGAAUAUAUGAUGGAGAAUGGUGCUUGUGUUCCUGUUCGUGUUCACACAGUCGUAGUCUCGGUUCAACAUAAUGAAAAAAUCACACUUGAUAAAUUGCGGGAAGCAAUUAUGAAAGACGUUAUUAGAAAAGUUAUUCCAGCUAAAUAUCUCGACGAGAAAACUGUAUUCCAUGUUAACCCUUGUGGUAAUUUUAUUAUUGGUGGCCCACAGAGCGAUGCUGGCUUAACUGGUAGAAAAAUAAUUGUAGAUACAUAUGGAGGCUGGGGAGCACACGGUGGUGGUGCUUUUUCAGGCAAAGAUUUCACAAAAGUUGACAGAUCGGCAGCCUAUGCAGCAAGAUGGGUUGCUAAAUCUUUAGUAAAAGCUGGACUAUGUAGACGUUGUUUAGUACAAGUUUCAUAUGCUAUUGGAGUAGCAGAACCUCUUUCUAUUACUGUUUUUGACUAUGGUACUUCAAAAUUAUCUCAAAAUGAACUUCUGGGAAUUAUCAAUAAAAAUUUUGACUUGAGACCUGGAAAAAUUGUCAAGGAAUUAAAUUUACGGCAGCCAAUUUAUCAACAAACAAGUACAUAUGGACAUUUUGGUAGAGAUUGUUUUACCUGGGAAAAGCCGAAACAGUUAAUUCUCGAUUGAUGAGAAAACUAUCAACUAAAAAACCACGAAAUUAAAAAAUGAUAAGAAUAAAAAUAUAUACAUAUAGAUAUAAUUGUCACCUUGACUUUCAUUAUUUGCAAACAAAAGUUCUACAAUUAUUCACAUUAAUCAUGAAAAAAAUAACAAAUCAUUAAAUUAUUGAUUUCCACGUAAAUAGCAUAUUUUCUAAACGACGAAAAAUAGAUCUAUAUGAAAAUUCAAUAUUUCUUUAUUACUCACUAUUUUAUCAAUUUCCUUAUAAAAAAAUAGUGAUGAUUGUAUAUAUAUUCAUAGUGAAUUGUGUAGCAUUUGAUGUAAAUUAAAUGAAAAUAUAAAAAUCGACCGUUUUCUUGCAAAAUUAAUGAAAUAAUACGCACAUUAGUGCAUUGUUUUUUAUUUUCCGGAGAGGAUGUGACUGUUAAAAAUACGAUUUAAAUCAUCUUUGCUGUUAAUAAAUAAAUGAAAAAUUUUCAAGAAA